AGUGGCACCUAAUCCGGUUGAGCUUAGCCCACUGGCCUUGAAAACAAGCUCUAGGAGACAGUAGGGCCCCAAGGCAGACAGUGACAGGGAAGUGGAGGGGCCUUGUUGACAUACUCACUGGGCUUAGUGACUGUCACUGAGUGCUUAGUGACAAACAGUAAACAGAGGCAGACUCAGCAGGGCUGGGGCGGCUCCUUCAGGAGAGAGACUUGUGGGCCAUUGAUCCCUGUGUAUAUUGCUGAGAAGUCCAUCUAAAGUGAAGGCCUAGACCAGCUUGCAGAGACGUCUGGAUGCGGCCAUUGGCAAAGGACACAGGUCUUGUUUGGUUUAAAGCAUUUUCAUGGGAACUUCAAAGGUUUAAGAAAACCCUGAAUGAGGUCAAGCACUGUAUUUCCUUCAACUCAUCGCCAUAAAGUGUGAGAGCUGAGGGUUCAGCCAGCUCGUGCUGAGUCCCACAAGGCUUCAGGAAGGCUGCAGUGGCACCCGCAGGAGAGCAGGCAUGAGUGUGGCCUCCGUGACACUUGCUAGUGCCCUGCAGGUCAGAGGAGAAGCCCUCUCUGAGGAGGAAAUCUGGUCCCUCUUGUCACUGGCUGCUGAGCGGCUCCUGGAAGACCUACGUAAUGAUUCCUCAGACUACGUGGUCUGCCCCUGGUCACUCCUGCUCUCUGCAGCGGGAGGUCUUUCUUUCCAAGACCACGUUUCUCACAUAGAGGCUGCACCAUUCAAGGCUCCUGAACUGCUACAGGGAUCAAAUGAAGAGGGGCAGCCUGAUGCAUCACAGAUGCACGUCUAUUCCUUAGGGAUGACUCUCUACUGGUCAGCGGGAUUUCGAGUUCCACCAAACCAGCCCCUGCAGCUUCAAGAGCCUGUACACUCCCUCCUGCUGGCCAUGUGUGAAGACCAGCCACGGAGACGGCAGCCACUGCAGGCGGUUCUGGAAGCCUGCCGGAUUCAUCAGGAAGAGGUGGCUGUAUACCCAGCCCCUGCCAGUCUCCAUAUCAGUCGACUGGUGGGCUUGGUGCUGGGUACCAUCUCCGAGGUGGAGAGGAGAGUUGUAGAGGAAAACGCCUGUGAGCAGCGGAACAGAAGCUGCUCUCUCAGGAGCAGGCUGCAUCAGGCUGACGGCGAGAGCCCCGGAGCUCCGGCCUCUGAUGCUCUGCAGCCUCGGAGAGUUUCAGAGAGAAGCGCAGAGACACAGAGUUCCUUGGAGCGAUGCACAGCACACAGUCGCAACAGUUUUGUUAACAGCACAUUUGCAGGUGCCGGUCCCUGUGACUGUGAGGAGAGUCCGUGGUAUGGCUCAGAGCCUAUGCUGUUGGCAGAAGCAGAAAGCUCGCAGCCAGCAACAUCUUCUCCAAGGAAUUUCCUGCAAAGAAAGGGAAAGUUCUCCAGACCAGAGUUCAUCCUGUUGGCUGGAGAGGCCCCAGUGACCCUACAUUUGCCUGGAUCCAUUGUGACCAAAAAGGGGAAAUCCUACUUGGCUCUCAGAGACCUCUGUGUAGUCUUGCUGAACGGACGGUGUCUGGAGGUGAAAUGUGACAUGGAGUCCACAGCAGGGGCUGUCUUCAAUGCUGUCAUGUCCUUUGCCAACCUUGAGGAGACCACCUACUUUGGCUUGGCUUAUGUGGAAGGUGAAGAGUUCUUUUUUCUGGACAAGGACACUAGAUUGUGCAAAGUUGCCCCAGAAGGCUGGAGAGAGCAGCACCCUAAAGGUUCUGUGGACACUUUCACGCUCUUUCUGCGGAUAAGAUUCUUUGUCGGUCACUACAGGCUGCUCCGGCACAGCCUGACACGGCAUCAGUUCUACCUGCAGCUUCGGAAAGACAUUUUAGAAGAGAGACUGUAUUGCAAUGAUGAGACACUGCUGCAACUGGGGGUCCUUGCCCUGCAGGCUGAGUUCGGGAGCUAUCCUAAGGAGCAGGUAGAGGGCAAAGCAUACUUCCGAAUUCAAGAUUACAUUCCAGCAAGGCUUAUUGAGAGGAUGACAGCAAUCCGGGUCCAAGUAGAAGUCUCAGAAAUGCACCGGCUCAGUUCUGCGCCAUGGGGAGAGGAUGCUGAGUUGGAGUUCUUGGAGAUUGUUCAGCAACUUCCAGAAUAUGGAGUCCUGGUUCACCGUGUUUCCCCAGAGAAGAAGAGGCCAGAAGGGAAAAUGGCCUUGGGGGUCUGCACCAAAGGCAUCAUUGUCUAUGAAGUGAGAGGCAGCCGCAGAAUCGCAACAUCCCAGUUUCCAUGGAGAGAAACUGGGAUGAUUUCAACUCAUAGAAAAAAGCUCACCAUCACCAGCAGCACCACUGGGAAAAAGUACACCUUUGUCACCAAUUCAUCCAAGACCUGUAAAUACUUGCUGGGCCUCUGCUCUUCCCAGCAUUGGUUUAAUGCACAGACAGGCUCUAAGCAUCCUUCCCAUCGUUUUACUGGUCAGGAUAAGUUUGCACAAAUAGCCAGCUUGAGUUCUGCACACCAGACACAGGCCAACCCUAUCACUUGGAUUCAGAAACUGUCCUGCUCAGAAAAUGAGUUGUGUGUACCCAGGUUGCAGGAUGCCACAGGAGGCCAACUGGGCACAUCCAUGGAGAACAAGCAAGGUUUCAAGGAGCCUGGGAAGGAGAGAAUCGGAAGCAGCCCGUAUACUGGUGGAGAGCAGCUGCACAGCAUCGGUUUGAACCAGAAGCCAGCUCAGACUGUCUUCGGAACAGCUGGUCACAGCAUGUGUGCAGGUUCCAACUGCUUGGGCAGGAGAACCCAGAUCUGCUGCUUUGAUUCUGUCUCAGGGUCACAGAACAGCAAAAGAAAGGGCCUUUUUGGAGAACCCAACCAAGACAUCGUGUGUGUGAUGCUGAAGCGGGAUCCAGUUCAUGGCUUUGGUUUUGUCAUUAACGAGGGAGAAGAUGCAGAGCAAACAAGGUCCGGCAUUUUCAUAUCUUCCCUUAUACCUGGGGGACCAGCAGAAAGAGCUAAAAAGAUCAAACCAGGAGGAAAGAUACUAGCCUUGAAUCACAUUAGCCUGGAGGGCUUCACAUUCAGCAUGGCUGUCAGAAUGAUCCAGAAUUCUCCUGAUGACAUGGAAUUAAUAAUUUCUCAGCCAAAAGGUGUUUGUGGGACCAUCCACAGUGAAGAAAAGAACAGUACAGCAAGUUCUGGCAUGUUCUGUACAGACAUCCUGAGCAACAGGUGCCAGGGAAGACAGUCACCACACAUACAUGACCAGGACAGAAGUGUCAGAGGAACAGAAAUGGCUCAGGGUGCUGGCUCUUGUCCUCCAUCCCCUCUACAAACCAACACUGGUGAAAUCUACUUUGUGGAGCUGGUUAAAGAAGAUGGAACGCUUGGAUUCAGCGUGACUGGUGGCAUUAAUACAAGUGUGCCUCAUGGAGGAAUCUAUGUGAAAUCUAUCAUUCCUGGAGGCCCAGCUGCCAAGGAAGGACAGAUCCUACAGGGUGACCGACUACUGCAGGUGGAUGGAGUGAGUCUGUGUGGCCUUACUCACAAGCAGGCUGUGCAGUGUCUCAAGGGUCCUGGGCAGGUGGCACGGCUGGUCUUAGAGAGAAGAGGCCCCAGGGCUGCACCACAGUGUCCUUCUGCUGAUGACAGGAUGGGAGAUGUGCACAUGGCUGUUUCCCUGGUAACAGCCAGGCCUGGCAGACCUGCGAGCAGUGUCUCAGUGACAGAUGGUCCUAAGUUUGAAGUCAAACUGAAGAAGAACAGCAGAGGUUUGGGAUUCAGCUUUGUGCAGAUGGAGAGAGGAAACUGCAUCCAUACGAAGAGUGACCUUGUGAGGAUUAAGAGGCUCUUUCCUGGGCAGCCAGCUGAAGAGCACGGAGCCAUUGCAGCUGGUGACAUUAUCCUGGCCGUGAAUGGCAAGCCCAUAGAAGGCCUCGCUUUCCAGGAAGUGCUCCAUUUAUUGCGAGGGGCUCCAGAGGAAGUGACACUCCUCCUCUGCCGACCCCCUCCAGGGAUACUGCCUGAGAUGGAGCCUGGAUGGCAGACCCCUGAACUAUCAGGAGAUCAAAGACUCACCAUGGCAACCUGUGCUGGAUCAGAGCAGAGCCCCAGCCUGGAUCAAGAAGACAACUGGAGGGACAGUACGUCUCUGGACGCAGGUGAAGGUCUGAGUCCCGGGCCAGAGUCUUCCUACAAGGAUGUUAGACAGGUGAAGGGGGACAGAGAAAAAGAGAGGCCCUGGGCCAAGUCCUGGAUGCAUCCUAUGGAGUCCCACCCUCACGUAUGUAAACUCCACCCAGAACCAGAGACACCAGCACUGGCCACCUCUUUGGAAAAGGAUAUGAGACAAAACUGCUAUUCUGUGUGUGAUAUCAGGAGACUGGGAAGAUUUUCCUUCUCAUCCUCUCUAACCAGAUUAGCAACAGACAUUUUCUGACUGCCUCUCUGCACGUCUGCUGUGCCGCACAGAGCACCCCACUGUCUGCAGGACAUCCAAAGCAUGCAUGGCUAACUUGGUUCCUCCCGGGAAGUCUGAAUCUUUCUCUUGCAUCUGUGUGUGCAUCGCCAGAUAAUGAAUCUCACCAGUCCUCUGCCUCCUGGGUCCUUCUUUUGACAUGGCGAAUAAAUGUCACUCCAGCUGGCUGCCUCCCUAAACACACACAUUUUAUCAGUGCUUAGAAAAGGACCUGGUAUUUGCACAAAGUGCUUUGAAGGCUGUUUCUUCUCUCCUUGGGCUCUUUUCCUCUAAUCUGUCUGCCAAAAUAGUUCAGACCAUCAGAGUCAUAAAAACAGCAUCUCACCAAUGGAAACCUUAGCCUGUGUCAGGAGUUCUAGAAAGUAUGUGAUGUAAAGCAAUCAUUUAAUUUAAACAUUCUAACAACCCUACCAAUUGCUCUACUUCCCACUGUUUCAGAUAAGAAGAUUAGGAUCACAGAGAAGAAUAAACCUAUCCAGAAACUCAGUGUAAAUAACAGGUCCUAGAACGGGUCCCAGCUCAUAGCUUUGCCUGCAGGUCUGUACCCUCGAGCAGCUCCUCCAUGGGCUCCAAAGAGUAAUACAGUCACCUCUGCUUGCUACCCACACUAUAAUAGUUCUGAGAUGUUCUUGUUUUCAUUAGUUUUGGAGUCUCACCAUUUCAGGGACCAUAUUAUAUUUGCUGUUUGCAUCCUGGUACCAAGGGUGUCCUUUGGCAGGAGCUGUUUGAACCUGGCUGGGUCUUAGGUGAUGAACUAGGAUGAAGGUCCGGAGAGGCAAGAAGAUGGGCCCGAAAUUUCUGAUGCAGACUGGAAGACACAUAGGUUUUUGUUUUCCAGUCUUGAAUUGGACAGGGAUGGUGCUGAUGGUGCCACAUGCUUUCUACCUGAAAGCUCUUCUCUCACCGUGGACUAUGAAGAAUACCUGACCCUCACCUCCGCAUCCGCAGGCCAGCUGCCCUGUGAAGAGUGUCUGGAGGCAGAUUCAGAGACUAUUCCUCUGCCUCAGUUCUGUUCUCUGGGUGCUCUCCUAAAGUCUUCACUUCCAGAAGAAUCCCAAGGGAGCGAGAGUGACUGGGAGGACCUGGACGAGCCCGUGGAUAGGGAUGAGGUGCUCAGGUGGACACGCUCAGCGAGACAGCCUCUUGCGGCAGAACCCUGAGGGUGUCGGCAUGGACAUCCUUUUGGUGGAAGAGCCCUCAGCUGAUUUUCAUCCAGAAAAUGUACUUGCUUGCUCUGUACUCUGAAAGAAGCAUCGUCAAGACAAUGGGCUGGGGUGGAGCUCCUGGGCUAGCUAUGAAGUGCUAACUUCUAAGAGUUUGUGCCUGUUACUUCUGAGGUUCGUUAUCAUUAGUAGCUACAACUUCCUCUUCAGUUCUGAAGUUUAAGUCAAGCAAAUUUGUGUGUGUGUGUGUGUGUGUGUGUGUGGAGUGGGGUCCCCCUCAUGACCUAAACUGGGAACUAAUUUCUUUAGGUGAGAUAAGCUGGAGCAGGGAAAGUAUCUGGCUGCUACACUGGGGCACCAUUUUCCAAGAUGGAUGCCACAGUCUGGUUUAACUGUUGAUUCCUCAUUGGUCAAAGGACUCUGUGCUUAUCCAAGUGUCUCAGUGUCCUGGAAAACAUCUGACAGGGGCUUGGCUCAAGGGUCACAGGGGAAAUAUCUUUCUGUAUUGAUUUUUCUAUGUCCUUCCUUUAGCUCCAAAUAGUCAUGUGUUCUUUUAAAAUUAUUUCUCCUCUUUUGAUCCUCAAGCCUGGUUCUCAUCACAUAGAAAGUAAAGUGCAGUAGAGUUAACAUUACUUGAUGUUGAUAUGUAACUGCCACCAUUAAAAAAAUGAAAACUAGUAGAAUUAAUACAUGCUUGGAAGAAAUAGACCUGUUGGGCCAUAGUGUAAGUCAUUAGCGUGACCCUGUAUAAUGGAGACCACAUAGCAGCGACAAGGUCACAUCAGGGAAAUGGGGACAACCUAAUAACAUCACGAGCAUGUGCUUGUUAUAGGUAGUGUUCUGCUAUAAAGGCUCGUUCUGCCGCUUAUGGGAAAGAAAUUUCCAGCAAUCUGAGAAGCCCUUGCUUCAGACUGUUAGAACUCCACGUGCUGCUGCAUUGUUUUAUAGGCUUUGGGUUUGGAGAAUUAAUGAACUAUGCAAUAAAACGACUAAAUAAUAACAUUUAUCAA